AUGGCGGCGGCAAACACGGUGACUAGCGCAAACAGAUGCGUGGAUAAACAGCACAGCGGCAAGCUGCCCACUGCGCAGACGCUUCUCACGAUCCACGCUAUCUAUGACCUGCCGCGGGAGAUGCAGCAGCUGAACCCGCAGCGGGACCAGCUUGAGCUCGUUGCGCGGCCCAUAGUGAGGUACGACUACCAGGAGCGACACAUCGCCUUUAUGAAGUUAAGCGAGCGUGUGAUGCCCUUCUCCCCCUCCUCCAUUUUGUACAAGGGGGGGCGGUUUAUAGUAGACCUUGGGAACACCGCCUCCCCGAACGCGAGCACGACAAGUAUGCUGCAGGGCGUCUCUCCGCAUAGCUCACCAUGGCCGCGAUGGCGUCCCGCAGCAGAGGAUGAAGGGAAUGAGGAGGAGGAGGAGGACGGCAACGACAACAACCCGCAGCGAGGUAUGAUAAAUGGAAAUCAGAUUAUGCUGAAAUACCCUUGUCCGCAUGGUCUCUUGACGCUUAUUGAUGUCAUGGUUGGCAUUCGUCAGCAUCGCUUAGGAUCCUCCGUGGUGCGAUGGAUUACAGGCACCCCAGACACCAGCACGCCCUCCAAUGGCGUUGGAUACUUCACUGUGGCAACCGAAGAAAUACGACGGAAGAAGUCUGUCACGCGUACGGUGGGCCUCAGUGUGGGAGGUGUCAUCUUCUCCGUCUCUGUCAAUCCCGCUGACGACAGGGACUCCAUACUUGGACGUCUCAUGCAAGACAAGAAUCGUUACCUCAGAAGUCAUGACAAUGAACUCUUGGCGAAGCUGGAUGUGUCUACCAUGUUGCGUGAUGGGUUCUCCGAGGAGGAGAUUCACCGACACAUGCGGCUGCUUGUGGAUCCUGACUACUAUGCUCGACGCCUGAAGAACCUGCUGGCGCUCUACCCGUCUUACGGGGAUGCGGAAUGGCGGCAGGGUGGGAUGCAGCUGCUGCAGGAGUAUGCACCAAAGGAGGAAGAGCUGAUGCGCCGGGCCAUACUGGAGAUUGGGCCAGAAUGCUCUACUGUCUCCGCGCGUCUCCGCCUUCUGGCCUACCGCAAAAAACACCUUCUUGGAGACCAGAGCAUACUGUCUUGCCUGCAAUCCGCUCUGGGGGGAAACAUCAACGAAACGUUGGUGAAUGAACCCGAGGUUAUCUUUGAGGUCUUGAUAGAAAAGUUUGGAAAAGAGCCGCGGCCAUUGUCUUACCUUUUCCCAGUGCAGAAGUAUACACCAGACAGACGCACGUUCUUCUUUGAGACGCUGCACUCUCCGGUCAACCACUCUGGUGAGAAGCACCGUGACAUAGCCCUGGCCUCUCGCGGUCAGCGGGUGCCCUUUACCAUUUCGCCGUGUGAGCGACCACUGCACUUGGGUACCUCGGGUGUGCGGCCUAGUGAGGCCCCGAGUGAAAUAGAACUUCUUCGUGAAAAGUAUGCCCCAGAAUUUGCUCAAAUUGUCCCCUCCAUCGCGAAUGCUCUCCAGGCGGUGGUGGAACAGAACCGGAAGCUCGUCCACUCGGUCGCAGCCGAUACUAGUUUUGUUAUCUUUCAGCAACAGGGGGUGAGGCUGCAGCUCUCCUUUCAGGACUUUGUGCAUCGCACGGCGGAGUACACCUUCGUCUCCCCCUCCUCCCUCCUUGGUGCUAUAAUCUACCUUGACCGCCUCUGCCUUCGUCACCGUAACCUCAUCAUCACGGAACGCAACAUACUAAGACUUUUCUUGACCUCCGUACGCAUCGCCUCAAAGACUAUGGAGUUGCGUAGCGUUAACAACCGCCACUUUGCGGAGGUCUUUGGAUUAGACACGAAAUCACUGAAUCUUAUGGAGGAGGUGUUUGUCAAGCAGAUGAUGUUUGACUUUUUUCUCUCCCCAGAGGAGUUUGGGAGCUACGCAAGUUUGUUACAGCCAACAAAUGCUGACCGGAUGCGAACUUUGUCGACACAUCGUGCGCUUGCGGCAACAAGCGAGACGGUGGCCAAGGGACCGUUGAAUACGCAGGAAACACAGAGGAAACUUGGCACACCGGUUGCCAAUGCUGAGAACCCUCAUGCCGUGAACCAGGCAGAAACUCACAGGCGGGCAGAUAUUAGAGGGGAAUACAUUGUUGAUGCCAAGGAACCAACGGGAAAUGCAGUUGCCAACUGCGCUCAAGUGGCGCCGUGCGCCGGGGGCGUUGGGCGGAAUGAACGCAACAACCGGUUGGAGGCGUCGCCUAAGAAACUAGCCGUUGGAGUAGGUGGCGGCGGCCAUGGCCUCAACUACAUUAGUGUGAACAGCACCAGUAACACUGCAAGGACGGCGGGGGAUAGUAACGGGGAUGCCUCCAAAGUAAUGGCAGUAGGCGUCAGCCAGUCGGAGCGUAAGCACAAGCUUGUGGCGUAA